AGGGAGGGAGGGAAAGUUAGACUUGUGUCUGGACCGGCGGUGUGUUGGAAAGUGCAAAAAAACAGAUAUAAGAGAUGCACUUCGUAGACAAAGGAACAACGUAUUUUUUUCCUCAGAAGUUUGUUCUCGGUGGGAUUUAAGAAUGGACAGGAGAUGGACGUGUCUGCCUGACACUGCUCUUCCCUCCCACCUCCACUGUCUCCAGCCCCCACCCUGGCGCGCACCCCUUCGAGAAAACCAGCAGAAGAAGGAGGGAGGAGGGCAGAGGGGACUCUUGAAGAAGAGUCUGCAAAGAUAAAAAAAAAAGAGAGAGACAGCGAGGGGAGCGAGAAGAAGAAGAAGAAGAGGGGAGGUGGACAGCGCUGUUCCAGCUAUCCAAAGGGCUGACAUCGAGGAGAGGAAAGUAACGACCAGAAAAAAAAAAAAAAAAAGAAACUUUUGCAGUCUCGCCACUGAGAUGAUCAUCAGGGUGGAGAGGCUGGAUGUUCGAAGGGGAACGACAGCUCUAAAAUUGGGCGGCAAGGCAGAUGAGGGAGCCUCGCUCUGGAUGAUCGCUCCACCGUGCCCCACCACCACAGCCCAAGGAUGAGGAGGUCAGGCUCUCAGCUCACCGGCCGGGGCUGUCGGAAAGCCUCCCUGAGGAGUCCCCCUCCAGCACGCUCUUCCUGAUGCUUUAUAAGAGUGGUGUGAGAUUUAAGCUUCAGACCUUUGCCGGGAAAAUGGUAAACACCGCCUGCAGGGACGAGGAAAGUGGCAUCCAAGACCGGGAGGGCAAGGAGGAAUCCAUCUUGGCCCUUCUGGGCAUCGUGGGCACCAUCCUCAACUUGGCGGUCAUCAUCUUCGUCUACCUGUACACUACGCUGUAGAUCUCCCAGUCCACACCCCUGGACCCCACUAUUAAUUAAAGCCCCCCCCCCCCCCCCCCAUGGUUUUCAUCUCUUCAGACUCUUCUUUUGUCAGUAUCUUUUACGGCACUGGCUCUUAGAAUGACCCUGGGACCAGCGCCUGAGAUGUUGGGCUUCCCCCGCGGCACGCGGGAGCUGAGACUACGUGAACGCCAUAUGGCGUGCAUCCACCUGCGCGGUUCCCAACGUGGGGUCUCGAGACUACCGGAGAGGGGGCUGGCAUUCCCGAUGGCUCCGUCGCCAGCCAAGAAUGCAUAUUGUAGAAUAUUGCUGGCUCGCUGUUUGAUUUCUACAUGACUGACGGAAGGAGAGAGAGAGCUUGGUUCUCCCGCCACAAACAAAACCCAGCUUUCACCAAGGUCCCGGCGAACCAGGAAAGGCGGGGAAAAACAGCUUGAGAGCUGUUGCUAUGGCAGCACGCGUUUGGCAGUGGUUGGACUCAAUAUGAGGAAAUUUAUAGGAUUUAAAGGUUAUGUAUGUUUUUCUGGAGGAAUUAAUCCAAAAGUUCUAAAUUACUGUUAAUAGCCAAAUUACCAUGUAUUAUGCUAUAAUACACACAACUAGUUUGAUGUAUUAUUUACUAUACAUUUAUUUUAUCCUGCAAAUAUUCAUAUUUGCAGGAUUGAUAUUGUCUGGACAAAUGUUAAGACAGUUUUCUUCCAUUUGGUCACAAUAGAAUCAUUAAUAUUAUUUUAAUGGCAGGCCUUAUUUUCUUAUAAUGGUACUGGGAAAAAAGUGCUGAGACUUAUUGGGAUGAAGACGUGAUAUGAGACAGAAUCCGAAGUUUCAAGUUGCAUGAGCGUAUUAACAUGUUAUUUUGUAAAUACAAUUGUAUUUAGCUAAUCAUGGUCAUAUGAUUUAUUUUAAUUUGAUUAAAUUCAUUUUGGAAGGUGUAUUGAUAUUUAAAGACUUUGCAUUGUGGAUGUUUGCCUUAACAUUACAGGAAAUGUAUGUUUCCAAUAUGUGUACAAUUAUCAGGUUAAAACGACUUAAAGAAGGGUUUCUCUUAAGUAAAUGGCUCCGUAAAGUUUUCAACUUUCUGUCUUGAUAAACAAAUAUGUCUUGAUAAGUGACAUUAGCCUAUAACCAAAUAAGAAAGUACGGUAGUGGGAAUUAGCCUACAUAGAAGACCGACAUAGCGUAUUCACCACUUUUUCUUUCGUCUGUUGAAAGUCUAUAAUUUAACAACCCCAUGAUUUGAGAAAGUGCCUGAGAUCACAGUGUCUCAAAUUCACCUUUCGAAGAUGAAGUAGAAAAGCAUGCAAAUUGUUUUAGUCAAUCAUUGCUUUUCUAAUAUUAUGUCACUCACCAAGCAUCUAUUUCAAAUUGAAAGUCUCUCAAUUUCAUGUUUUUUGGAAAUGUUUGGCCUACUCAAUAUACCUUUGUCAGUGAAAUAUUCAAUCCCAAAUUACAUACAAAUUACAAGGUAAAAGAAAGCUUAAUAAGCAAAGUCUUGCACAUCUAUUCAGACUUUGAUGUGAGGCUAUUAAGCCAACUUUAAUAAUUGUUUAACUUAUCCUUACAGAGCUCGUCACUCAAGUGUUUGGAUAUGGAAUUGAUGUGUAUUCUGGAUCUCUUUCAACUGAAUAGUUUAACGGAAUUACUCGAAUGUUGUCCGAUCUUUCGACCUUUUAUGUCCUUGGUAUGAAUCGUUUUUUCAAGAGAAUUACAAAAUAAAUGCUUUUGGGCAGAUCAAAUACAUAA